UUAAAUAUUUUUCUAUUACAGGCAAACAUUAGUCAAUUAGAAUACUCAAGCAAAUACCUUCAGUAUUUAGAACGUGUGAAAAAAAAGAGAGUUGGUGACAGUAAGGACGGCAACUUUUAUUUUUCAGGAGAUCCAUCCUCAUCAACACUUCGUAUUUUAACCAUAGUCACAAACAGUGUUAACGAUAUCACAUACGAACGACUCCGCCGCCAACGUCGGACUCCAAAGGGAAUGAAAAGAGCGAAUCAAGAGUCGAGGAUGGAAUCGUUUAACGAUAAGACAAAUAUUCGUUUACAUUUUCCAUUAGCCAUUAACGAUGCUGAUGGAUUUCACUACAAGAAACUAGAUGAGGCAAACGUGAGGCUAAUGAUGCUGUACAAUCCAGCAUUGGCACAAUCACGUCACCAUAGAACAAGGAUAGAACAAGGAGUUAAAAGAAAAUAUAACAAUUCAAUGAAUCACAAAGCAAACUGCAAUAGAGAUAGCAUGAUUCCCGUUAAUCACCAACAAAAUCGUAGAUCCAAAUCCCGUAGUUACCCGUUAAAAUUGAGCGUUUAUCAGUUGCUGCCAAUGUACAAACGCAAACAGUUAGAUUCCCGUAAAAUAGAGUUUGAGAACACGAUGGAAGUAGAUGAAACCCGCAGCCAGUGGUUGGAAUUCGAUGUUACCGAGGCGGUGCGUGGAUGGUUAAACAAGAGCUGCGAGAACCUUGGAAUAGAGAUUCAAUGUGAUAAAUGUCGACGCAUUGGGGCGCGAAUACUCAGCGAUGUGCACAGCCCACAUCAUAUGGAUCAGAAUGAUGGGGAUGAUAAUGAUCGAUAUCACCUAUCGCCAGUUUUGAAUAUUAUUGGGCACAUCGGUCGCACCUAUCGUGAAAAAGGAAUACAUUCGUUUAAUCACAACAACUACUCUGAUUAUAGUAAUUCGAAUAUUACCAAUCUCUGGCCUAAUAGUUGUUACAAAUCGCAUCAACGGUGCUGCCGACAUCAAUUGAAUGUGGCUUUUAAGGACAUCAAAGGAUUCGAGUUUAUCAUACAGCCAAAGAUUUUCGACGCCGGCUAUUGCCUUGGGCGUUGCCCCCCUAGGCACAAUCCCGCCCAUCACCACGCCCUACUCCAGAGCUUAAUAUGGCAGCAGGACCAUAACCGUGUACCUCGACCAUGCUGUGCCCCAUCGAAACUCACUGAGCUAGAAAUAUUGCACGUGGAUGAGAACCAUAGUGAUAAGCUUAAGAUAUCAACAUGGAGCAAUAUGCAAGUUUCCGAAUGCGCAUGCUCAUAAAUUAAUUUUGCCCUUUUUCCUCGUCUUCAGUAUUUCGAUGGG